AUGUCGCGUGUUGCAAGCAAUCUUCCGACAACACGACAAAGAAAUGGUGUUGGCCAAUCAACCAAACCACUUACAAGUCGUUCUUCAAGUAAUACUAGUUUAAAUAGUAGUGGUGGAGAUGGACGUGGUUUUAAUAUUCGAAGUGCUGCACCUCCACCAGUACAAAAAGAAACUGUUCAUGCUUGUCCAUUAUGUAAUAGUGAAUAUAAAGAUCCACGCGUAUUACCUUGUACGCAUACAUAUUGUUUUAAUUGUAUUCGAGAUAAAUUAAUUAAAAAUAGUCGAAUUACAUGUCCAAAAUGUCAUUAUCAAGCACAUCCAUUUGAUGAUACACAUUUACAUGAAUUACCACCUAAUCUUAUCUUAAGUCAAAAAUGGCGUAUUGGUGCACGUCCUAUGCCAUCAAUGCCUAUAUCUAAAAAUCCAAUUACUUAUCAAUCAAAUAUACCAUCAAUACAAAUCUCACAACAAGAUAAACGUAAAUCAAUUAUAAAUGAAAAUAAUGAAUAUGAACGACCAACAAAUGGUGUUGCAUCAAUUGUUAAUACAUUUAAUCAAACAUUAACUAUAGGAGGAAAUACAAAUCAAUCAUCACGUUCAUCAUCAAAUACGCAACCAGUUGUUUCAAAUUUAAUUAAAAUUUAUUCUGAAGCUAGAACAUUAAAACCACAACAAAAUGAAAAUCUUUUACCAACAAAUAAACAUGAUGAAUUAACAAAAAUUUUUCAACAAAUAAUUAAUGAAAAUCAACAACAACAACAACAACAACAAACAACUUCACAAUUAAACGAUAGAGAACCAUCACAAGCAUAUGAAGAAGUUUAUGAAGAAAUUACAUGGGAGAAUCUUCCACAUGGAACAACUCCAGCUGCACCACCUUUUCCUGAACAAUUACAAACAGCUACUGUUAAUCAACAUUAUCCACCUGAUUUACCUGAACGACCUUUAUCAGCUACAUCAUCUGAUCAUAAUUCUGCGAUUGAUAAUCUUCGAGAUAUUUUUAUAGCUAUACAUCAUCAACAAUCAUCUGAAAAAAUUUCAUCAUUUCAACAAAUUCCAAUUGUAGAUGUACCAACAAAUAGUCGAUUAUCAACACCAUCACAUUUACAUAAUGAAGAUGAUGAAGAUAUUAAUAUUAAUCAAACAUCUUUACAUCAAAAUUUAAAUACAAUGACUUUACAACCACAACAUACACGUCAAGCAAGUAAUACUGAUAGUGUUCAUAGUGUUACAAGUGAUUCAACAUCAAGACGAUCAAUUAUUUCACCAAUAAUAAAUCCUAAUAAUAAUAAUAAUAAUCAACAACAAAGAUUUAAUGAAGCAUUUACUUAUCAACAAGAUGAUAAAAUAUCUCAUCGUACAGUUUCAAUGAGUUCAUUAUCAAGAAAUUCAUUAGAUCCAUUUCCACCUCCACCACAAAAUCUCGAGAUACCUGAUACAAUUAAUAAUGAUAUUGGUAAACAACGAUCAACAUCAGCAAUGUCAUAUCGAUCAUCUAUUAAUGAUGAUCGAAAUGAACAUAUGAUGACAUCACAACCUAAAUUGAUUCGAAACGAACCUGUCAAUCCUGAUGUUGGCCUAUCACCUACUAUUCAAAGAAAUAAUUCAUCUCGAAUUAAUAGUGCAUCUCCAAUUCCAAUAAAUCGUUUACCUACAAUGUCUAUGGAACAUGAUACAAAUUAUUCUCGUCAACAAGAAAAUUAUUUAUCACCAUCACCAUUAUUACCAACUGUUGUAACAUCACGUGUUGAUAUAUUAUUAUCUGAUCAAAAACGUUUAGAACGUGAAAUUGAAGAACAAAUUCAACGUUUAAAAUAUGAUUAUGAUGAUGUACGUAAACAAAUUGGUCGUAAAGAAUCAUCAAUACAUAAUGAAGUUAAAAAUAUAGCUGAACGUCUUGAUAAUGAUAUAACAGAACAUUAUAAUCGUAAACAAAAAAUUUAUGCUGAUUUAGCUACUGAUACAAAUGUUGUUGGUACAGAAUUAGAGCGUUUAAAAUCAACUACAAAUAAUAAUAAUAAUAAUAAUAAUACUAAUAAUAAUAAACAACAAUUAUGGGCAAAUCUUGAACAAAUUGAAACUAAUAUACGAAAUAUUCGACAAGCUGUUGAACAACAAAAAGAACCAAAUAGUGUAUUAACAUUUGCUGAAGGACGUCGAGCUAUAGCUGCUGAUACAAUUGGACAAAUAACAUAUAAUGGUACUGAAACACAACAACGUUAUACAACAUCACCAACACGUUCAAUACCAUCAUCAUUAUCAAAUCAUAGUGAACAACCAAUUACAAAUCUUACACCAUUUAAAUAUUUUAAAAUUGAUCAUUUAUCAACAUUAGAACCUGAAGCUAUAGCUGUAACAGAAAAUAAUAAAAAAAUUUUAUUAGGUAUUUGUAAUAAAUUAUUUAUACUUAAUGAAUAUGGUGAUGCACUUAAAACAUUACAAUUAACACCAAGUAUACGUGGUAUAGCUAUAUCAAAAAAAUAUCAAACACAUAAUAUAGCGUAUAUAUCACAUGGUGAUAUUGUAAGUAUGAUUGAUAUUGAUAGUGGACAAACAUUAGAUUGUGUUAAAGAAACAGAUGCAUCAGGAGAAUCAGGUACAUUUUUACCAUUAGGUAUCGAUACGGAUAACGUACAUGGAAAUGUUUAUGUAUGUGAUUAUCGAAAUUCAUGUGUUAUUAAAUUUGAUGAUAAAUUAGAAUUUAUUACGCAAUGGAGAAUUUAUAAUCAUUCAGAUCAAUAUGAUGAAGCUCGACCAAAAUUAAUAUCUGCUUAUGGACAACGUUUAUAUAUAAUUAUUGAACAUUCAUGUAAACCUUAUUUUAAUCAAGGUAUUGCUUAUACAUUUUCACUUCAUAUUUGUGAUGCAAAUUCUGGUAAUAUAAUUAAAAUAAUUGAUGCUGAAUUAUUAUCAACUGAACGUCUUCGUUGGCCAUGUUCAGUACAAGCAAUAAAUAAUGAUAAAUGUUAUAUAUUAGAUACAAUGACAUCAGGAAAAUAUUUUAAUGGUCAAUGGCAAAAACAUUGGUCACGUGUACUUGAAAUAGGACAAAAUAAUACAAAUAUAAUGACAGAAUUAUUUCAAUUAGACAGUGAAGCAGCAGCAAUGACUAUGACAAAACAAAUAAUGAUUAUAGCUGCUAAUGGUGAAAUACUUUUUGUUGAUUUAGGUUUUCUUCAACAACAACAUAAAAGAAAUUAUGAAAAACAUUAUCAAAAUUUAUCAUGA